GUUGUUGUGCUUUAGUUUGACUCCUUGUUGCAUUUGCAAAUGGGUGGCAGGAUCAACAAGUUUUCCUUCAAGGAAUCUUGGCAGUGGGGAGAAAUGCGGGCCUACUAGAACUUUCUUGGUGGAGUCACCUGACACCCAGAUGAGCACUCCCAGCGUAGUGCUUUAUAUACACUGUGGAGCAGAGACACUCGCCCUCUUAUUCUGCCUGUCAGUGAAGGGGAAGGGAGUACUGGAGAGGAGCUCGGACGCUCGUGUUGUGAGCAGGGUGAAAAGAAUAAACGCUCUUUAACUCAGUUAUCUUGAGGUUUGAACAUCUGUCCAGCACAAGAUGUCUAAAGGACCAGCAAUUGGUAUUGACCUGGGCACCACAUACUCCUGUGUGGGCAUCUUCCAGCAUGGAAAAGUAGAGAUCAUAGCCAAUGACCAGGGGAACAGGACCACACCCAGCUAUGUGGCCUUUACAGACACUGAGAGACUGAUCGGAGAUGCUGCCAAGAACCAGGUGGCCAUGAACCCAUCCAACACCGUAUUUGAUGCAAAGCGUCUGAUUGGCCGCAAGUAUGACGAUCCAGUGGUGCAGGCAGACAUGAAGUACUGGCCCUUUAAGGUUGUGAAUGAAGCAUCUAAACCCAAGGUGGAGGUCGAGUACAAGGGUGAGAUCAAGACCUUCUUUGCAGAGGAGAUUUCCUCAAUGGUCCUCACAAAGAUGAAGGAGAUCGCUGAAGCUUAUCUCGGAAAGUCUAUCACCAAUGCAGUUAUCACUGUUCCUGCCUAUUUCAAUGACUCCCAGCGCCAGGCAACUAAAGAUGCUGGAACCAUUAGUGGACUUAAUAUUCUCCGCAUCAUCAAUGAGCCCACUGCUGCAGCCAUUGCUUACGGCCUGGACAAAAAAGUUGGCAGUGAACGUAAUGUCCUCAUCUUUGACCUUGGAGGUGGUACUUUUGAUGUGUCAAUCCUGACUAUUGAAGAUGGCAUCUUUGAGGUCAAGUCAACAGCCGGAGACACCCACUUGGGUGGUGAGGACUUUGACAACCGCAUGGUUAACCACUUUAUUGCCGAGUUCAAGCGCAAGUUCAAAAAGGAGAUCAACAACAACAAGCGAGCCGUUCGUCGUCUGCGCACGGCGUGUGAGCGUGCUAAGCGUACCCUCUCCAGCAGCACCCAGGCCAGCAUCGAGAUCGAUUCACUGUUCGAAGGAACAGAUUUCUACACUUCUAUCACCAGGGCCCGUUUUGAAGAGCUAAAUGCAGACCUCUUCCGUGGAACCCUUGAGCCUGUGGAGAAGGCCCUGAGGGAUGCCAAGAUGGACAAAAGCCAGAUACACGACAUCGUCCUCGUCGGUGGCUCCACACGUAUCCCGAAGAUUCAAAAGCUGCUGCAGGACUUCUUCAAUGGCCGUGAUCUCAAUAAGAGCAUCAACCCAGAUGAGGCUGUGGCCUACGGUGCAGCUGUGCAGGCAGCCAUCUUGGCUGGUGAUAAGUCUGAGAAUGUUCAGGACCUGCUCCUGCUGGAUGUGACACCUCUGUCUCUGGGAAUUGAGACUGCUGGAGGGGUGAUGACUGUCCUUAUCAAAAGAAACACCACCAUCCCCACAAAACAAACCCAGACCUUUACCACCUAUUCUGACAACCAACCUGGUGUACUCAUUCAGGUUUAUGAGGGUGAGAGAGCCAUGACAAAGGAUAAUAAUAUUCUGGGCAAGUUUGAGCUGACGGGAAUUCCUCCUGCUCCCAGAGGAGUCCCUCAGAUUGAGGUGACCUUUGACAUUGAUGCCAAUGGCAUUCUGAAUGUGUCGGCGGUGGACAAAAGCACCGGGAAGGAGAACAAAAUCACCAUCACUAAUGACAAAGGACGUCUGAGCAAGGAAGACAUUGAGCGCAUGGUGCAGGAGGCCGAGCAGUUCAAGGCCGAGGACGAAAUCCAGAAAGAGAAGGUCACUGCCAAGAACUCUCUCGAGUCUCUUGCCUUCAACAUGAAGAGCACUGUGGAAGAUGAGAAGCUCCAGGACAAGAUCAGCCCUGAGGACAAAAAGACCAUUGUGGACAAGUGCAACGAAGUCAUUGCCUGGCUGGACAGGAACCAGACGGCUGAAAAGGAUGAGUAUGAACACCAGCAGAAGGAGCUAGAAAAAGUCUGCAAUCCCAUCAUCUCAAAGCUUUACCAGGGAGGAAUGCCAGGUGGAAUGCCUGGAGGGGCACCCGGUGGUUUCCCUGGUGGGGCUGCAGGUGGCGCCUCCUCCGGCCCAACUAUUGAAGAGGUCGACUAAACACCUUUGAGAGAUUUAACUUCAGAAUCCCAAUUCAACAUUUACUUUUCUGAAACCGUUUUAUUCAACAGUACACAUGUUCAAAUACUACCUGGCUCCACUGAACACCUAAGUUCCUGUUAUUAUGACAAUAAUCUCAUACUUACACAUAUCUUCAGGUAUUCAAAAACAACUCAUUAAUCUUUAUUUUCACAAAAACUAAAUGUAUUUUUACAGUGUGUCUCUCAAAAAGUCGUUUCCCCAUCUGUUAUUGUAAGCACAAAAUCAAUAAAGUUUACAUUGGGAUUCCACUCUGAAA